AUGGCCCGCAGGGUUAUCGGCCGCUUCGGCCCUCGCCUCGCCGCCGCCCUACGCACUGCCAUUCUCCGUCCGGGGAUCUCGCCCACAUCUCCACUGUACCUUGCCGCCGCAUCGCCGGUUCCCGGCGCCGGACCAGGCGGGGUCAUCUUCCCCUGAUACCUCUCCUCUCUCCACCGCCAGCCGGCGCGGCCGAAGGCCGUGGACAUUGCAGCACGAGCGCGGCAACUCCAGAACCGGCGGCUAUGAACGUACGCCCUCACCUUCAACUGCGUCGCGGGCCUCAUCAUCAUCGUGCUGAACAAUUUCUAGGAUCAAUUGGUCUUCUACAUCACCCCCAACAAAGCCAUCGAGAAAUUCGUCUCGAACCCCUCUAAGAACCGCUUCCGGCUGGGGGGUCUCGUCGUGGAGGGCAGCGUCGUGCACCCGUCGGCAUCCUCGCCGGAGAUGGAGUUCGUGAUCACCGAUCUGGUGACGGAUAUCCUCGUCCGGUUCGAGGGCUCGCUGCCCGAUCUAUUCCGCGAGGGGCAUUCCGCGGUCGUCGAAGGUUUCCUGAAGCGGUUCGAGGCGGACGGAGAGGGGAAGGCGGACAGGACUUCGACCGUGUCGGAGAAGGCCAGAAACGGGGUCUGUUUCUUCAAGGUGACGGAGGUCCUCGCCAAGCACGACGAGAAGUACAUGCCCGAGGAGGUGGCCGCUGCGCUCGAGCGGAACAAGAAGAAGAUCGAGGCUGAUGCGGCCAGAGAGGCUGCAGAGAUGGAGCAGGGUUGA